CUUCAACAACUGAUUUUCAUAUAAACAAGCUCUCGCACAUACAUAUCCACUCUCUCUCUCAUUCACGAUACGCUUUAAGCUCGGCUCUCUCUCUCUCUCUCUCUCUCUCUCUCUCUGUUGCUCUGCUCUGAUAUCAGGUACUGGAAUAAAGAUUAAUGACUGCAAAAUGUCUUUAGUACUGGUGGAUAAAUAGUUGAUUACAGAAGGCACUGAUUUGGUGGAUCGGAUGGCAUUGAUUUCUGAGUUAUUAACUACCACAAUAAUCUUGGCUACUAGGCCCUUCUCACUUCUCAAGCUUUUGUGCAUGUUUGGAGUAAAAACUCUUUUCCUUUUCAUUAAUCUAUGGACAGAGUUGGUGAAGGCAGUAGUCAGCUUCCAUGUGAAUUUAUUCUGGAGAAUCCUCAUAUGGUCAAUUGCUAUUAUAUAUCUUCCUGGACGAAUUUUGACGGCCUUACAAAGGGAGAGACAUCUGGAACUGCAUUUACAUGAUAUGCAAAUCGAGCUCCAGAAUCUGGCAUGGGAUAGGAAAGAGCUUGAGGAACAUCUACAAAAAGCAAUUAAAGAACAAAAAAUAAUGGAGCUGAUAUUAGCAGAGCUUGAAGAAGAACAUGACAAGGUCAUUGCCAAAAUUGAAGUGCUAGUGGGCGAGUUACAGGAUCUGAAAACUGAAAAUCUUCGGCUGAAAGAAGUUCAAGGAAAGAGCUAUUGGAACUUUAAAGGUCGAGAUGAAACAAGUGAUGUCCAUAAUACAGCAAUCGCUGACUAUGGCAUUCCCUACGGGAUCCCAUCAUGGAAAUCCAGUUAUGAUGGAAGUGGUAUUGUCCUCCAGGACCUUCUAAUGCGCAAAGAUGCGUGGGGAGAAGAAAGUAAACCUAAAACCGAGUUGCAGAUCUUACGAAAUGAUUCAAAGUACGUUGGGCCUGUUCAUCCUAUUAUGCCUAAAACCAACUCCAGAAUUGUAGAUAUGGGUGAAGUUUUUAACCAACGAAGGGUUAUUGCAAUGAAACAGAGUCUAUUUAGUGCAGUUUUAUCGCUUUUGGUUGGAGUGAUUAUCUGGCAAGCUGAAGACCCUUGCAUGCCCCUUGUCGUGGCUCUCUUCACUGUUGUUGGCAUGUCAUUAAAGAGUGUUGUCGAGUUUUUCUCAACCAUAAAGAACAGACCUGCUUCGGAUGCUGUUGCUCUCUUAAGCUUCAACUGGUUCAUACUUGGCACACUUACCUACCCAACACUGCCGAGGGUUGCCCAUAUGGUGGCGCACCAGUGGCAUCAAAUCUUGUGGACCGGGCAUUAAGCUGGCUUGGUUUCUCUUUUUCCUAGCUCAGGUCUCAUUUUCUUUGUUUUUUCUUUUUAUCUUAUAGUUGAGUUUACUUGUGCUCUUUUUUUAUAUAUCACAUGUAUUUUAGCAUAGAACCUGGUAACCUAAAGUUUGUGCUUUUUGUAUAUUGAGUGGUUCACAUCUUGUAUGGUAAAGGUUGUUCUAUAAUCUUGAACA